AGUCUCUGGUUUGAGCCUUAGGCAUUAAAUCAAGCACAGUUUUGUAACAUCGAAGCUUAUUGGCCAGAGCCGAGCAAUUCCACGUGAGAGUUAAUCCUCUCUUGUGAAGCCCUGUUGCAUCCAGCUAACUGGGGACCAGUGGUAUGUAAUAAUCCGCCUCACCCCCCACCACUCCACAACAAUACCCAACAGAUUUUAGUUUCACCAAGCAUUUUGCAAUACCAACUCUCUACAUCUCCUCCCUCUUGGAAUUUUCGCGUUGCCUCUUUCUUCCGAGACGGUGACCCUUUGACACCUAUGAGAAUGGGGAUUGACUCUGGAGUCAAUGUUUCAGACGAUCUUACUCUUUACGGGGGGAAAAGUGCCUUUACCCAACUGGAGCACAACAUAGUGGCUGGAUAUCUAAUCACUGCAGGUGUCGUAAGUUUAUUUAGCAACAUUGUCGUGCUGCUCAUGUUUGGAAAGUUUAAAGAGCUGCGGACUGCCACCAACUUUAUUAUAAUCAAUCUCGCAUUUACUGACAUUGGAGUGGCUGGUAUCGGCUAUCCCAUGUCAGCUGCCUCAGACAUCUACGGCAGCUGGAAAUUUGGCUACACUGGUUGUCAGAUCUAUGCAGCUCUCAACAUCUUCUUCGGCAUGGCCAGCAUCGGGCUGCUGACGGUGGUGGCCAUCGAUCGAUACCUCACCAUCUGCAGACCCGACAUAGGGCAGAAAAUGACGAUGCAAUCCUACAACCUGCUUAUCCUAGCAGCCUGGCUGAAUGCUGUAUUCUGGUCCUGCAUGCCUGUGGUGGGCUGGGCUAGUUAUGCCCCUGACCCCACCGGAGCCACAUGCACCAUCAACUGGAGACAGAAUGACGCCUCCUUCAUCUCUUACACCAUGGCUGUGAUUGCUGUGAACUUUGUGUUGCCUCUGUCGGCCAUGUUUUACUGCUACUACAACGUGUCUGCCACUGUGAAGAGAUACAAAGCCAGCAACUGCCUGGACAGCGGCAACAUCGACUGGUCAGACCAGAUGGAUGUGACCAAGAUGUCCAUAGUGAUGAUCAUCAUGUUCCUGGUGGCCUGGUCCCCUUACUCCAUUGUGUGUCUCUGGGCCUCAUUUGGUGACCCCAAGACCAUUCCCGCCCCCAUGGCUAUCAUCGCUCCACUCUUUGCCAAAUCCUCCACCUUUUACAACCCCUGCAUUUAUGUUAUUGCCAACAAGAAGUUCAGAAGAGCCAUCAUAGGGAUGAUUCGAUGUCAAACCAGGCAGAGAAUCACCAUCAAUAGCCAGGUUCCCAUGACAACCUCCCAACAACCCCUGACCCAGUGAGGUCACCUUGUUUUAAAGUCACCUGGCAGUAAAACCAGUGGUAGGAGAUCGCUUCGAUGGAUUGAUAUGAAUCAGUGUCAGUAUUUUCAUCCCUAAUAGUCUAAUGUAGUGUUUUGUUUACUGUGUACAACUCCACAAGGCAUGAUUUCAUUUCCUUAAGCAGCUAGCUAACAGUAGUAGUAGUAGUUUCAUUGAACUGUGACCCUGAAGGCCCACCAUCACUUGUUGUAUCAAAUACUGUUUCCCCAUCGAUAUGUGGGAUCCUAAACAGAUAUUUAAUUACUUUGGGGAACUACAUCAUCAUUCUUUGGCUGAAACCCUCCACCAAGCUUUCUUGUUGCAUGUUACAUCCAUUUCAUCAUACAAGGCUGUUAGAAAUGGGAAAUUCUAAUAAUAAGCAUAUUAAUUAUUGUGUUAGGGCCCAACAUUUUUGGUUUUGUGACCUAGGAAAGUAUUUGUGGCAAUAUUUAAAGAAAUUUCCCUGAUACAUGUCAAGAAUAGACAGAAAUGCCAAUACACACAAACACAUAAGUCCUUCAAUGUAGCCAAGGACAUCGCUGCAGGACGGCCUCCGUUAGUGUUUUAAAGUUAUGUCAUAUUUAUUUGUUAUUGUCGAUCCAUUACUAUAGCAGUUUUUAACAUUUUCAACGAAACCUGGCAUGAUGGUUGACAACAUAUUAUUUAAGUAUUAUUAAUGCUACAUCAAGUUCAUGUUCAUGUUGUGAAUACAAAAUGUUGAUCUCCAAUACAAAAAUAUUAAUUAUAGUAGUGAAGCAAAGAACUUUGCUUUUGUUGCUGCUGGAGCCAAAAGAACAUGAAAUAAAAGUCAUGGCGCAAAUUCAGUUGUUUAAGUAAAUGUUUAUUCAACUCUUCAGCAAGUUUCAGUUCCAUUAUUGCUCACAGAUACAAACGGCAGAAUGCA